AUGGCGUCUAGUGGACCUGAUGUCUGUUGUCAGCAAGGCUUCAGAUACGAAGGUCAGCCCCAGGGAGAAACCAAGCAGAUCAAUCUUUUGCCAGGCUCAACAUCCACAAUUCAUCAGUUCAAUGCUUAUUUCAGCUAUCCAGAGCCUGGUCACAAAGGUGAUGAUGAUAAGGCUGUUCUCAUCCUGACUGACAUCUUUGGUCUGUACGAAAAUACUCAGCUGCUGGCCGAUGCAUUUGCGGCCGAGGGAUACUUGGCGGUAGUUCCAGACCUCUUCAGUGGUGAUGCUGCUACCUUCGAUGCUGUUCGCACCGGCACAUUUGACCAGCAGAGCUGGAUCUCACAGCAUACCACUGCUCAGAUCGACCCCGUUGUUGCAUCAAUUAUUCACUAUCUAAGGCAAGAACUUGCCCUAAAGAGAAUCGCCGGCGCAGGAUACUGCUUUGGCGCGAAGUAUGUCUGUCGUUUCUUAAAGCCAAGUGGGUUGGAUGUAGGUUACCACGCGCAUCCUUCCUUUGUAACAAAAGAGGAGUUGGCUGGUAUCUCUGGCCCGAUUUCUAUUGCCGCUGCUGAACAUGACCACAUUUUCACCACCUCUCUCCGUCACGAAUCCGAGGAGAUUCUAGCCAACAGCCAAGGUGCCUGGCAAUUGAAUUUGUUUGGAGGUGUCAAACAUGGAUUCGCAUUGCGGGCUGAUCUGACAGAUACUCAUCAGAAAUGGGCGAAAGAGCAGGCAUUUUAUCAAGCGGUAUCCUGGUUCCGCAAGUAUUUGUGA